AUGGCCGACGCCACCUCAAUCAAGUCUAAAUCUGACGUCGAGUCCAAUGUCUCUAUCGACGCCGAUCUGGCACGAAAGGUGCUACGGAAAAUCGACUGGAGAUUCUUGCCGAUCAUGUUCAUCACGUACAAUUUCAACUUCAUUGACAAGACUAUUCUUUCCAGUGCGUCUGUGUUCGGGCUCAAGACUGAUACGCAUCUAGUGGGCCAGCAAUACAGCUGGGUAUCCAGCGUCUUCUAUUUUGGCUAUCUCGGCUGGGCCUAUCCUACGACGUAUCUAAUACAACGACUCCCUGUCGGUAAAUACGUCUCGAUCAACACCAUAAUAUGGGGCACCCUAGUCGCGCUCACCGCUUCGUGCAAGAACUUUGGUGGUCUCAUUACUGUUCGGUUUCUCCUGGGUGUGGCAGAGGCGACGAUCACACCUGCGUUUGUGUACAUCACGUCGAUGUGGUACACGCGAGAUGAGAUUCCGAUCAAAACUGGGGCGUGGUUCGCAGGAAACUCGUUCGGGGGCUUGGUGGCUUCGUUGGCAGCCUAUGGGAUCGGAAGGAUCAAGGAACCCUUGUCUCCGUGGCAGUGGUUGUUCAUCAUAUUUGGUGUCGCUACAGGCUUGUGGGGAAUCAUUAUCUUGUUAAUUCUCCCGGAUUCGAUAGAGUCGUGUGGGUUUUUGAACGAGGAAGAGAAGAAAUGCGCACAGGAUAGAGUUAUUCUGGCUGGCACGGGCAAAUCUUCAAAGGAGACGAGCCAGUGGAAGCGCGAGCAGGUCUUUGAGUGCUUUUUGGAUCCAAAGACUUGGUUCUUCUUCGCAAUAUCUAUAUGCACCCAGAUACCAAACUCCGGCACCCAAAACUUUGGUAAUCUGGUGCUGGAAGGCUUCGGGUUCACUAACCUCCAGACGACUCUUGUCGGGUUACCUUCGUCUAUAAUAGCUUUUCUGACUAUUCUUACAAGUGGCUGGAUUGCAGGCCGUGUCCGUAACAUCUCCACCUUAUUGAUAAUUCCCAUCGUUAUUUGCCCCGUCGUUGGGAGCGCUCUCAUAUAUUCCGAUGUCAGCAAUGGCAUCAAGCUCUUCGGCUACUACCUCCUCUCUACGGGUCCUGGUGCUCUUCCGCUCUCCAUGUCUUUGAUGUCUGCCAACUACAAAGGUGUGACCAAGAAGAUGACAAUGACGGCUCUGUUAUUCAUUGCGUAUUGUACUGGAAACAUUGCCGGUCCUCAGUUCUUCAAGUCCUCGGAAUCGCCUCACUACCCGACAGCAUUCCGGACGAUUAUGAUAUGUUACGCCUUGGUAGUCGUGGAAGCGCUGGGGCUAAGGUUUUAUCUGAGUUGGGUGAAUAGGAUGAGGGAUAUUUCGGAGAAAGAUAAAGACGUGAAUGACGGAGAACUUGACGAGGAUGUGACGGAUUUGAAGACUGUGGGGAUGAGAUACCGAUUGUAA